AGACGACCAUGGCGGCGGCCCCCAUCUUGCCCCCGGCCCGCCAGUCUACCGUGGAAAGCGGACGAGGUAGUGGCCCGGCUAUCCUAGCUGUCCUCUCCCUGCCUGCCCCACCACUCCUGGCACUGGCAGUCGUCACCUGCCGCCACCCUCGUGCUGUUGUGACCUUGUGCCACUUACACUUCGACUUGUGUGGUUAUCAAGUGAUGGUGAAAGUGCCAUGAUUCCGGAGAAUAAGUCACGGUAACGAAGCUGGUUAAUAACAUUAAUCAACCCAUAGGCCUGGCAAGAAUUACCCAGUGUUAUUGUUGUAAUUCAUCCGUGUUGGAUUGAGUCUAAUGGAAAAAGUGAGGUGAUGGGGUCAUCUUGCCUCAUCAAGACGUGCACAGUGAAGAAAACCAAGGUGGGAGCAUCUUUCCACCGCCUCCCGUGGAAAUACCCAAGCCUCUUCCGGACCUUGCAACAUGUGUUUGGGAAUAGCAACGUUCGCGAGCUGACGCGCUGGUCCAGGAUCUGCUCGCUCCACAUAGCCCAGCUGGCCCCCCUGGCCGCCACCGAUGACGUAGUGCGCCGGCUCAUGGAGUACUACGCCUGGAACGCUCGCAGCUACAAGAGAAUAUUUGAACUGUCCAAGCUUGAGGAAGCCCAAGACGUUAAGGGGUGUGUGGACGAAGCCCUGCAGUUCCUGGAGGGUGAGCAGGUCCUGGAUAAUGGCAGCUGGUCUCUGGAAGACUUGGUCAAGAACGGAGUGUUUGUGUUGAGGAACUGUGAUGGUGUGAAGGGCGAGGCUUCGUGUGGAGACUGGCAGAGUGUGGCCAGCAACAAGAGCGAGUCGUCGCAACCCUCAGAGGAGGAGGAGGUUGGGGCGCCGGGUCUGGUAGUCAGCAGGGCGCACACUGCCCAGGUCGAGUCAGGUCACUACGUGGGCCAGUACCUCCUCCAGUUACUAGCGGGGACUCUCGCCCACACACGACAAGGCGACCGCAGUAUGAUCCCGGAUGACUCUGCGGCCGGAGCCAUGGACGCAGCCAGGGAUCCGGAUGUGUGCAUGGACGAGGAUGGCAAGUCGAAGAAAACGGGAUGCGGGGAGGAGCAAGACAUUAACGAUAACCAUACUAAACUGGCUGCUCAGGGAAACACAAGUGGCGAGGCUAAUAAUGUGUUAACAAAUGGGGAAGUACAAACUAAAGAAAGUGGUAAUAAAGAGUCGGUUGACGAACCAAGUCGAACAAAUGAAUGUGAGGAAGACAGGGACAAUAAAAUGGAAAUGGAAGUGGAAGAAACAGAGGAGCCUCAAGUGGAUAUUGAGGGGAGUGAAGAUGAAAAAGACUCUAGUGAGGAUGAUGAGGAUAAAUUAGUGAUUAGUGAGGGGAAUGAAAGGGGGACGGAAGAAUCGGCAGAUGAAAACUCUAAAGAAGAAGCCCCAAUAGUAUCACAGAAAAGUACAAGUAGAUCACCAACUCCAAAGGGAAGUGAAAAGCGACCUGCGGAAGAUGAGGCAGCUCCUGAAAUUGCAACAAAGAGACCAAGGCCCUUGGAGGAUAUGAUAUCUCUUGAAUCUCUAACCUCGGUUUCACAGGUUGAGGGUUCUCUUGGGCAAGUGAAGCGGGAUCUUGAGGCAUUAGAAUUCUUGAUAAAGCAGAAAGAGGAAGAAUGGAAUGCCCUUCUUAGAUUACAGAAACGUAAGGAAGAGCUGUAUAUUCGAUUGGCAAGAAGAAGGCAUGUUCUCCUUAUGAAGAAUGGCCAAGGUGAUAUAGAGGGAGAGGGGAUUAAGGUGGGGGAGGAAACCAGUGAAGAAGGUCGCAGUAACCUUAUGUUUCUACCUCAAGGAGGGUAUUCCUCCUUGGGUGGCCCACAGUUACCACUGAUGAUGAUGAGUCAGCUAAUAGCAGGUUCUGCCUCGCCACAAGCUCUUCAGAUGUUACCACAAGUUGUGACCACAAAAGACAACAGCCAAGGAGAGAGUGGUGGCAAUAGCAACAGCAAUAUCAGUGUAAUAGAUAUUCAUACAAGUAGCAACAAACCUGGUAGUGAAACUCCCAAAGUGUCCAUGACUCCAGAAGCUCACAGCAAACUCAGUAAGCAGCUAAGCACUGGCUUGGCCUCUAUGAAACCUAUACUUCCCAAGCCAGCCGGGGGUAUGAGUGCAAUGUCUGGUCUCCCUACAUCCCUGUCAUUCACAGCCACUGGCCAUGGCCCUCAAGGCCCCACAGUCAAUGUCCAACAUUUAAUAGCAGCUCAUCGAAAGGAAAACCCAAAUACUCCACCCAUCAGCCCAACUGCUGCGUGUGACAUCACUGUUGAGAACGCGUUUGUCAACAAGCCAUUACAACACAUCAGUUUGAAAAUUCCCACCAACAGAAGAGCUGCGAGAGGAGCAUGGCGACACCGCUACGAUGGUGAUAAACGGACGUCACGUGACCAGGAUCGUCCGCCUAGUGUAUCCAGUUCCAGCAGUGAUGCGGAUACACGAACCACGCCGUCGUCUAAAAGUUUUCUGGCCAUGAGUGAUCCAUCUGUAUCAUAUAAAGAUGUACUUCUACGCUUCGCUGAACUAACUCAAAUAGAGAAGCAGCCUGGUUCUCCACAGAUAUCAAUUUUCCCUGUGGGUAGCAGUGAUGGAGGUCCAAAGAGGUCUGAUGGUAGUCGAGAAUCCACCCCAGUGAUGAGGGAUCAGACUCCCUCUCUUCCUUCUACUAUUAUUCCACCCACAACCAAAUCCAGUUUAGAAGCACCAUCAGCUUUAGCAAAGCUACUAUUGGAGUCCAGGGCCAGUGUAACUAGUAGUAAUUUAGUCAAAGCUGUUGGAGAGAGUGCAUCCAACUCCCAAUACCUCACACUCUCUGCACUUCUCUCUGGCGGAUCUACCACAACGGUCAAAGAUAAAGCUGCUGCACACUCCCAGGCGGAAGGCCGAAAUAAAAAAUCGAGCCACCAGCAAGAAGAGGGAAGCGGAAACCCCAAGUGUCAGGGAUGCCACAAGCAACGAGCACAGUUUGUGUGUGCAGGCUGUGGAAACCAGUGGUACUGCUCCAGGGAAUGUCAGGUGGCAGCUUGGGAGGAACAUUCUGAACACUGUAAUAACUAAUUAAGGGUGGAGAUGUAUGCAUAUUUCCUAGACCGUACCUCCAGAUAACUGCAGAGAGGGGAUAGAAGAUCACCACAAUUUUAUAAGAAAAUCUUUAUUACAAAAACAAUCUAUUAAUUCCAUUUUCAAAAUGAUAAAAAAUUUAGAUUUGUUCUCAUGAAAAGUGAAUUUCGUUCACCAUAUUUUUUAUAUUUAUGGUCAACAAUACAAGCAUCGUAUGAACCUUUGGGGUGAAAAGUGUUGGAUCAUAUCUGUCCGCAAGACUAUAGAAUAAGAAUUCACUCUUGAUAAUGAUACUGUGAUAUUUAAGUGCAUUUUUUUGUAUACAAGAAGACUGUCAACAAAAUUGUUUUUAUAUGACUGAUGCAGGCUGUGCCGAGAAUAAGUAGCGUGUGAAUCGUCAGCCUCCUUUACAACAACAGUGUAGCCUUACGUAAAUAUUUCCUUUUGAUAUUUGAAACUGUAGAACCGGACUUUGUAUGAAAUACUAAUGAUAUUCAGUAGGUUUCUGGUAUGGGAUAGUUUAUAGAAUUAAUUAGCAGAGUAUAUAUUGUACUAUACUUUGCUGCUUAUGUACCAUGUUUAAAUUCUAAAAUGGUUUUUAAGUGCUGAUUUCUUGCUAUUCAUAUGUGAAGAAAAUAACCCAGAAAGAUAUCAUUAUCUAUGAAUAUUGUACAGUAUUUAUAUUCAUGCAUGAAAGGUAGAUUGUAAGGAAAUUUGCUCUUGUACUGUUUAGGUGCACCUUUGAGCCUUGAGUGUCUUGCUGAUCUGAAAUUUUUAUGUCAUCAAUGAAUUUAGAUACUGUCAUCGCUCUUAUUUAAAGCCCUCCAAUUUGUCAUUUAUGUUAAGUGACCCUCAUUACAAUCACUUUUAAAUUUAUAGCCCUUAAAUUCUAUUUACCUUCAUUAUUUUGUAAGCAUAAAUGUGCAAAAUUUUAAAAUUAAAAUGUCUAUUAUAAAAUUGCUGGAUUUGAUGAAGCUGACGUUACUGAAUUGAUUGAGCCAUGCAGAGCCCGUAUCAGACUUGCUUACUUCACAUAGAAAAACAACAAAAAGAUGUUGAUGAGGAAGAAAGUGAUAUAAUAUAAAUGUGGGAACAUAGCAGGUAGUUUAAAAGGCAACAGGAAGGCUUUUGAUCAACUUUGGAAGCUCUACCACAAGAAGGCAUUCCAGAUGUCUUUGGAUAAAUUUGUCAAUUAGGAAGGCAGAAAGCACUACGAAAGAGCUCGGAAAACUAACUAUGUAACAUUUCCUUGAAGGAUCCAAGGGAACAGCCAAGAAAAUGGUGUCCUUGUCGCCUUGAGAUGUAAAGUCAGAUCAACUGGGCUGUGAUUCAUGCAUUAAAGACUGCAAGCAUCAGCAUCUAACAUCCUGGCUGACCAGACCACUAACUAAGAGGCCUGGUCAGAGACUGGGCCAUGGGGACAUUGAUUCCUGGAACCACUAGUGACAAUAACAUGUCCAGUUCUGCUUUCUUGUUUCGGUAACUAUUCAGGUACCAUCACACCACAUUAAGCCCCAUCACACUGCUGCUCUAUGUUGCAAGUAUGAACUGUAUUGUAAUGUAUUAAUACUACAUACUGUACUUCCAUAUUUUGAUGAUUCUGGACAUAAUUUAAAUUUUUAAGGAAUACGUAUAUCCUCACAUUAUACAAUUGAUUCUAGUGGGAAAGUUUUUAUUUACGUAUUUUUACUUUUAAGUUCUGAUUUCCAGAAAUGCAUCCCAGAUAUAAAUACAGGAAUUAAAGUAAAUAUAUACUUUAAUAUAAUUCUCUGUUGGGCCGUAGAGCAUGUGCUACAUAUGAAAAAAACCUAGGUAUUGUGUCAAUUUAAAGUCGAGACGUGUUGAAUCUAUCAGGCCUACUUUUCUGUUAUUUUCAUAGGUAUUGUUUUAAAUCUCUUCAGGGUUAUUUAAUCAUCUUCGGUUGUCAUCACAUAAUUUUCAUCUGUAUGUUCAUCUAUAUAAUUGUGGCUCAGAUUUUGAAGUAUUUCAUCCUGUCUGUAUUUUAUACGUGAAAUGUGCUUUGGUCUGAAUUUAGUUUUUAUUCAUUUGGAGUUUCAUUUCUCUGUAACCUAAGUAAUUUUUGUUACUAAUUUCAAUUGUAGAGAAGAACAGUUAUUAUUUCCCCAUUGACUUAACUUUUAUUAGAUUCACUUUGUAAUUUGUCACUUUCAAACUCUUAUUUGAAGUAAUUAAUUUCUUGUGUUUCUCCUCCUUUUCACCUUUUCUUAGCAAACACAAAUUUUAAUAUGUAUAAAAAUAUUAUUUUAUUUAACUGGGCCAUUAUCCAGUCUUUUCAGCCAUCUCAAUUAGUUGGAAUUGGAGACAAAUACCAUAUAUGUGUAGCACGGUAAACAAUGUUUUGAAGAAUGCUGUCGAGCUGUCAGCUCUUGUGUGGCAACAAAUUUAAUGUUUAAUAAAAAUUCAUUUGUGCCCAACUUGGUUCUGCAUGCGCAUGGUAUUAUGCACUGUGAAUGAACGGAUCAAACUUUGCAAACAUGAACUAUGGUUUCUUUCAGUAAAUGAAGUACAGUACUCUUGUUCAAAUUGGCUAAAAGCAUUCAAAGACCAUAUGACUGUAGUAUUUUAAUUUAAGAUUAUUUUCUGAUUCUCUACUCUAGAUUUGGAUGCAAGGCAGUGUUUGAAAUUCAAAGCUAAAUUUUAAGACUUGGUCAUAUUACUAAUACAAAAAAAGAACGGCUUCUCAAGAUAUUUGUCAAUAUUUGGUGUAACCCAUCCAGCAAAUCUUGCCUCUAGUUGCUAUUAAAAAAAAAUCAUUAGGGUCUUAUAGUUUGAGUCGUAUAUCCUUAGCAUCAAUUACAGUACUCGCAUUAAAGAUCAGCCCUUUUGCAAUAUUUAGUGUGGCAUAUGAAAUGGUUAAAAUUUAAUAUAACAAAAGGUUAUAAGACUUCAUGGCUUUUCAACAUUAGUAAAAUCCCUUAAUAGCAAUACAUAAUACUUUUCCGACACAUUUAUGUAAUUCCUGACAAGUUCGAUUCAUUUUUGUUAUACAGUAUAUGAUGUUGAGAGAUCACGUUUCACCUUUCAAGGCAUUUCCAGAUGUUUUCUUGAACCCUCUUGUGAGUUGUUGCUUCUCUGAACCAUGUUCCAUUUUUAAGAAUAUUUAUAUAACUAAAGUGUGUGAUGAAGUACAGUAUAAAUAAUUUCUUUUAAAUUGACACAUUCCAUGCCAGAUAUCCUACUUGAAAUUUUAUGCCCCUAUAAAUAUCGUACUUGACCUUGCAGCGCAGUACUUUCAAUGGUGGUAGGUCCUUUCAUUAAAGGAACUUCAUAAUUUAUAUAUUCAUCUAUAUGGCGUGUAAAGCACAGACCGAUUAGGAACUGUGAUCAUUAUAUAUUUUUGUAGAGAAGAUAUAACUGUAAAUGUAGUUAAAAUCCACCAGGCCUAUAGGCUGUGGUUCUACCAGUUUGAGGGAAAUUACCUUCAUUGAAAAUUAAGAAUACAUUUUCAGUAGAAUAAGAGCGUGAUCGAGUGCAUUCUGGGACUUUAUUUAAUUAGUGUUUCUACCUGUUUUCUGCAUUUUUGCUUUAGGUUGACAAAUCUUAUUUUUAUUUAGCAAGAUGUCUUCAUUUUUAUUGGCUUACUAGCUCAGUAUAAAUUGUCAAUUAUUUUUUUUUUUUUUUAUUUAAAUUACAUUUUCUAAAAUAGGUUGUGAGCCAGCAUAGUUACAUGCUGAGUGAAGUAAUGUUAUAUAUUGUAGUGAUUGUGGAUUUUUCUUAACUACUUUAUAAACUAAAGAAAUUGAAGCAGAUAAUUCAUGGGAGAAAGACACAUUCAGUCUUUUAUUGUCAGAGUACAAAUGCAUUGCUUAGUGCAGCUCUUGUCAUUUGUUUAUUAUUAUAAAGUCUUCCUUAAUACAUUUUGCAGGGAUGUUUUGUCAUCAUUGUUUACAUAUUAUAUAUUGAUAUAUUCUUCAUCUCUAAGCCAGCUUUGGAUUUUAACUAAUGCUUUUUUUAUAUAUAUAUUAUGUAGAGUAUAAAAAAAAGUUUCCAAUUAAGUGUCUAACAGACUAGUUUUGUUAACAUCAGUAAGAACCAUAUAGAACAGCUGAAUUAUGUGUUCUUGAACACGGCAAUAUGUUUCUAGUCAUAUCAUGUCAAAACUAACAUGCGUUUCUUUGCUUCAUGUACGUAGCCGUGUGGUAGAAGGUUAGGAGAGGUGGUGACCAUCAUCAUCUCCCACACACACACACUCUGGGUGUGACAGUUCCUCUCCUCACCUGCCAUGUUGCAAGGCUGCGUCAUUCCCAUGAUCAGUUCAUUUAUCACAACCUGAGUUUCUCGUACUUUUUUCUUUGAUUUUACCUAUCACAAAUUUUUGUUUCAUCCCCUUUCUCUCUUUGACUUUGUCACUCAACACAUUGUAAUUUUGUAUAGGUAUUCAUCAAAGUAAAGUAAUAUAUUGACCUUGAUUAGUUGACAGUAUUAUAUUGUUGAUAUACAGUACUUAUUGAUGAUGGGUCAAACUGAAGAAUUUAUUGGAUUUUUUUUUUUUUUUUUUAAUAAUUCGGUGAUUCAUACAGGACACUGAAUCUCUGAUAAUCUACGUUUAGUUUUAUUUCACUAGUAUUUUAUUAAGAAAAGGUAUUAUCUAGUUAGCUUAUACCUUGCUCUUAAUUUUUAGCAGUGAUCUUGAUUGAGGAAACGGUUAAAUAUUUGCGGAUUUUUUCAGGGCUCUUGUCUGCCCGUAUUUAUUUUACCCCGAAGAAUAUUUUGAGAAUCAGUCAUGAAACUGCAGAAAUUAAGGGGAUUGGCCCAUCAACUUGAUUUUGUGAAUAAAUUAAUAGCAAAACUGCCAGAAUAAACCAUAUUCUGAAAUUCUACUUAAUAAAUAUGGACUUAGGAGUGACUUAAUUGCUCAUCUUUUUACUGAACGCUUGUUGCCAGUUGCUUUUCGGGCAUGUCAAUCAUUUUCUUUGAUGUUACAUACUGGACAAUUUUUAAAUUACAUUUGAAACAAAAUGCAGCCUUAUGCCUAUUUUUUUGUUGCAUAGUGGAAGUUUUGGACUUCCAACCUUUGUGACCUGAGGGUUUAUCUGUUAACUACCAUGUUUGGCCUAACCUUCUGGCGAGUUUUGUGCUGCAAGAGCAAAUAAGUAUGAUUAUCAGUGUAUGAUUGAAUAUGAGCAAGUUGAUUAGGGCUUCAAGGUACAUUUAUGUUGUAAAUAGUUUUUAUGGUUUCAGUAGAGAGAGAACUUCUCAUUGACUGAUGGUUUGAAAGGUAAGUGUGGAGACAUCCAAUAACUUCAAUUCAACACAAUCAAUCAGUCAUGCAGAUAAUACCUACAGAUAAUAUUAAACUCAGAGGAACAAUGUCUUAAAUGUUUUUUUCCAGUUUAAGGAACAAUGUAUAGGUUGGAAGAAAGUUGACUACUACUCAUUCUUGCAGGGUUGAAUACAGUUACCAUGGGUACAAUUGUACUUUGCAAGUUCAUGAAGUUUAGUAUACUUUGGGACUACCUACUGAACUGUGUUGGCUUAAGCCAUGAGAUGUACAUUUCAUGAUACGUAAUGUAACGAGCAGUGUUCUUAAAGGAGAAUCGGUGAGGCUCGUUUCCCUCCCCUCCCCAAAGUUGUCGGAAAAUGAACCCCAGUGAAUCUCGCAUAAGAAUAACAUUGUUCGUUUCAUUUCAAAAUGGGAGAUGUUGUCCAGUUUUUCAUCAGUCUUGUCUAACAUUGUAAUGGUUGAGUUUUUUCUAUUGCAUGUAAUACUGUCUUCUGAUGAAUUACCAAUGAAGCUUGUGUACCUGGUUCAAUAAUUACUUUUGAAUCAAAUAAAAAUUAUAAUGCAGGUGAUGACUAUACUGGACAGCAUUUUUAUUCUUAAUGACCAGGGAGAGAAAGUAUGAUAGCUCGUAUUUGGGAAAGAGAAGGGUAUUGUCAGUACAAAAAUACUUUUGUUAACUAAGAAUUCUGAAAUUUAGAGUAUGCGUUACCUUAAAAUUAGAUUCUGGUUAUCCCCUUGCAAGUGUUGGUUAAUGAUGCAAUAUGCCAUAGUGGCCAUUUUUUCCCCCUUCAAAUGUUGUGAGUUUAUGACAACAGUAGGCCUAUAGUAUUUAUUUAUUUAUUUUUAUAGCAAUAACUAUUCUAUUUUCCGAAUGUUCUACAAUUUUAAAUACUUUGAAUAUAAGGUAUGUAGGAACAUGAAGUACAGGACAGUAUAUAUUUUCCUAAGCUGGCAACACUAAUCGGAUUGAAAAUUUGGCUACGUAGAUGCGUGCAGUACACGUAAAGUAACGAUAUGGCUCACAAGGGGUUUUAACUACACGAGGGAUGAUAAAAGUAUUGGUGUGCUUCCCGUGAUGUGUUGCUUCUCUUCACAGACAAUACUGAAUAGUAUUUUUUUUUUUUUUUUCCUUUCUUCAUUUAUGAGGUAGUGCCACACUGACCUGUAAACUGCAUUGAUUCCACUUUCCUCUGUGUAUCUUCUGCCAAUGUGGACAUGUUUUGUGAAUUAUAUUUUACUUGAGAUUAUUUAUUUAAAAAUGAUCCAAAAUUGAGUGAUUUUUAGUGCACAUUUUUAAUGUAGUUUCCAAAAAUUAUGUAGAUGAAAGGUUAAAUACUUAAAAACUCAUUACUUUUUUUCAUAUAUUUUGCUUUAACCAGAGCUUUAUUGUAAAGUGUGAAUCAUGCAUACUUGUCAGUCACUUCUUAACUGUCCACUUUCUUCCUUGGUCAUAUCCAUUGUGAUAGGUUUAGAACGGGAACCGAGUACCUGGAGAUUUAUCUAAGGUUUGUAUAAAAAAUUCUUACCCAAAAAUUACUUAAAAAAAUUAACAGCGAGGCGCAGACUCAGAUCUGGCCCGAAUAACCAGCAGUCACUGCCACGAUGUAGAAAAUUCGGCCUGUCGUCUCCAACAGUGGGAACUGGGCUUGAAGUCUGAGAUAAGUACUGCAGAGUUAAAACUAAAGUUACGGAGUAAGAAUUUAAUGUAUUAUAUGUUUUGUCUGUGCAUAAGCCACCAAUGUUAUAUGUUUGAUGAAUAAUUUUGUCUGUCACACUGUUAUUAGCUAUUUAUGUGCAAAUGAUGUAUGCUGUUCAAGAGAUGUUUGGUAGGAUAGUGCCAGUCAUUUUGAUGCCAUCAAAUUGAAUUCCUGUUAUUUUUCUUGAACAGCAUUUGAAUUCUCCAGAUCCUCCUCUAGCUCACAGAACAUGUUGAUGUCACUACAAAUACGGUUGGACUAUUGACAUACCAGGUUAAUGAUUGAUAUAAGUAUAAAGUAUCCCUCUUCCUCAUGUGAACCACAAGCAACUAUAGUAACCAAUAUCGCAAUUUCCAUUCCAUGAGUGUUUUAUUUCAAUUAGAUUGCGGAAUUCCACACUUAAUGGUUAUCCCCCCCUGCUUAAAAAGAGAGUGCGUGCCAGGUUAAAUUUUUUUUGUAUUAGUUUGCUGUUUAUAUUGAAUCAAAUUGUUUUUUAAAUAAAGAUAGUGAAAUCUU